AUGUCCGUCCCCCAGACUCAAUGGGCCCAAGUUGCCGAAAAAGUCGGCGGCCCCCUCGUCUACAAACAGAUUCCCGUCACCAAGCCCGGCCCCGACCAGAUCCUCGUCAAAAUCCGCUACACCGGAGUCUGCCACACCGAUCUCCACGCCAUGAUGGGCCACUGGCCGAUCCCCGUCAAAAUGCCACUCGUGGGCGGCCACGAAGGCGCGGGAAUCGUCGUCGCCAAGGGCGAGCUCGUCUCCGAGUUCCAGAUCGGCGACCAGGCCGGCAUUAAGUGGCUGAACGGAUCUUGCGGGGAGUGCGAGUUCUGCAGACAAUCCGACACACCGCUCUGCGCGAAUGCACAGUUGUCUGGGUACACGGUUGAUGGGACAUUCCAGCAGUAUGCACUUGGGAAGGCGACGCAUGCGUCGAAGAUUCCCGAUGGUGUGCCGCUUGAUGCAGCCGCGCCGGUGCUUUGUGCUGGGAUUACGGUUUACAAGGGGUUGAAGGAAUCGGGCGUUCGUCCCGGCCAGACUGUUGCGAUUGUUGGUGCCGGUGGUGGUCUGGGUUCGCUUGCGCAGCAGUAUGCGAAGGCUAUGGGGUUGAGGGUUGUGGCCAUUGAUGGUGGUGAUGAGAAGAGGGCCAUGUGUGAGAAGCUCGGAACUGAGACCUUCGUCGACUUCACCAAAUCCAAAGACGUCGUGGCAGAUGUCAAGGCCGCGACGCCCGACGGACUCGGUGCCCACGCCGUUAUCCUGCUCGCUGUUUCCGAGAAGCCCUUCCAGCAAGCUUCGGAGUAUGUUCGCUCCCGCGGGACUCUUGUCGCCAUUGGUCUGCCUCCGGAUGCCUUCCUCAAGGCCCCCGUUAUCAACACUGUUGUCCGCAUGAUCACUAUCAAGGGUAGCUAUGUCGGAAACCAGCAGGACGGUGUUGAGGCUCUGGACUUCUUUGCCCGUGGCUUGAUUAAGGCGCCUUUCAAGCUUGCUCCUCUGAAGGAUCUUCCUAAGAUCUUUGAGUUGAUGGAACAAGGAAAGAUUGCCGGCCGUUACGUCCUCGAGAUUCCCGAAUAA